AUGUGCGUUUCCCGCCCGGCUUUCCCCAGGGACCUCGACACCAUGGCUUCGUCUGCGCCAAAGGCCGGUUUCACGCCCUCCUUUUCGUCCAGGGGCAGCGCCUUGGGCAAGAAGACCUCGUUCGCCCUUCUCGCGGCUUUCUCCUGCGACUUUCUCCUCAGUCUCCUUUCUUCGCCGUCCGCCUCGUCUUUCUCCUCCCAGGCAUCAGCUGUGUCUGCUUGGUCCGCGCUUGGUGCGGCCGCCGCGCCGCCCAAGUUGUCGGGAGAGAAGCUCGCGGAGCUGAUGCAAAUGGAUUUGAAGGACAUCAAGGAGCGCAUGCUCGCCCUCUUCGACAUGAUCGACGCCAACAAAGACAACGAAAUCGACACGGAAGAAGCGAGAGCAUGGAGCACCAAGCUGAAGAACGCGAUGCAUCACCACCAGGUGCGCAUGGAGUUCCAAGCCAUCGACAAAGACAACGACGGCCGGGUCUCCCUCGCCGAACUUGAGGCCACUUACGUCGACGGCCAGGACCAGAAGCAACUGGAGCAACACAAGAAGGAAGUGGAGCAGAGGUUCAAGGCUGUCGACAAGGACGGCGACGGCCUCCUGGAUAUGACUGAAAUCAUGAUUCUCAUGGACCCUGGCAAAGAUGAAGUCCUCAUGAGCAUCGAAGUCGAAGAAAUCCUCACUGCUCAAGACAAGGACGGAGACAGAAAGAUCAGCCUCAAGGAGUUCAUCGACACGGAAGGCGCGAGCGGCGCUCUCAGCGAGAGCGACAAGGCGGAGCUGCAGAAGGAGUUCGGGAGCUACGACAUGAACGCUGACGGGUUCAUCGAUGAGGAGGAGCUGAAGCAAAUUAUCAAGGAUCCCCACGCACACGAGAUCCGCGUGUUGCUCGAGGAGUUUGUGAAGGAUUUGAAGGACGGCAAAGUCGGCCGGGAGCAGUGGGAGAAGGACUUUGAGGCCUUCGCUGUCUCGAUGUUGACCGACAACGGCGAAGUUCUGCGCUUCCCAGAAGACUACAAGGGCCUGGACUUCCCGUUCAAAACUAUCGUCCCAAAGAUUCAGGAGACUGAGGACAAACACGACGAGCUCUAG